GGAGCCGCCGCCUGCACCGCGCCGGGGCUGGGCGGAGGAAGGGCAGCGCCCCGCGGCCCCGGGAGGCGGCGAUCGGCCGCGGUGACCUUGCCCCGGAGCCGAGCCCUGCAGCGCUGCUAUGGCCACGCAGGUGCUGGGGCAGGCCGGGGGGAGCAGCCUGUUCCCCGGCGGGGCCAACCUGGGCAUGGCGCUGCCCGGAGACAUGUACGAUCUUCACGAGCUGUCCAAAGCCGAGCUGGCGGCUCCACAGCUCAUCAUGCUGGCCAACGUGGCCCUGACCGGAGAGGUGAACGGCAACUGCUGCGACUACCUGGUCGGGGAGGAGAGGCAGAUGGCGGAGCUGACGACGGUGGGGGACAGCAACUUCUCCGACAGCGAUGGGGAGGGUAUGGAAGACGCCCAGCCUGAGCAGAGCGACCGGGAGGCACCCGAAAAUGUGGAGCUGAGCCCUCUUGAAGUGCCCAGCGUGGAAAACGAAGGGCCGGUUGCUUGCCCCGCUCCUGAGGCUCCUAGUGCGGACAAAGAGGCCCCGUUGGAGGCACCGGGUACUCCAGAAAGCACGGAGGACAAGUGUAAGAGCCUCAAGAGCAAGCCGUUUCGUUGUAAGCCUUGCCAGUACGAGGCAGAGUCCGAAGAGGAGUUUGUGCAUCACAUCAGGGUUCACAGCGCUAAGAAAUUCUUCGUGGAAGAAAAUGCGGAAAAGCAGGCCCAGGUCAAGGAGUCCGAUUCCUGCACCACCGAAGAGGUGGAUUUCUCCAAGGGCCCAAUCCGUUGUGAUCGCUGUGGCUAUAACACUAACAGAUACGAUCACUAUCUGGCUCACCUGAAGCACCACAACAAAGCCGGAGAAAACGAGAGAGUCUACAAGUGUACCAUAUGCACUUAUACUACUGUCAGUGAAUAUCACUGGAAGAAACACCUAAGAAAUCACUUUCCUAGGAAAGUGUAUACCUGCUCUCAAUGCUCCUACUUUUCAGACAGGAAAAACAACUAUAUUCAACAUAUUAGAACUCACACAGGAGAGCGGCCCUAUCAAUGCGCCAUGUGUCCCUACUCCAGCUCUCAGAAGACCCAUCUAACCAGGCACAUGCGCACCCACUCAGGUGAGAAGCCAUUCAAAUGUGACCAGUGCAGCUACGUGGCCUCAAACCAGCACGAAGUGACUCGGCAUGCGCGGCAGGUUCACAACGGGCCGAAGCCUCUGACUUGCCCACACUGUGACUACAAAACAGCCGACCGCAGCAAUUUCAAAAAGCAUGUUGAGCUCCACGUCAACCCGCGCCAGUUUCUCUGCCCUGUCUGUGACUACGCGGCGUCUAAAAAAUGCAACCUGCAGUACCACAUCAAAUCCAGGCACCCCGACUGUUCAGACAUCACCAUGGAUGUCUCCAAGGUGAAGCUACGGACUAAAAAGAGCGAAGCGGACUUUGCCGAGGGCGUUAACGACAAGGCGGAGAAGGAGCAAACGAAGGGGGAGUCGGCCGCAAAGAAAGCGGAGAAAACUGUGAAAGUGGAGAAAAAAGAGAAUUUAGCAAAGGAAAAGAAGCCGGCAACCAGCGUUUCGGCAGGCCAGGUGACAACCAGAAGUCGGAAAUCAGCUUCAGAAAACAAGGAGGUGGAUAUUAAAACUGAGAAAAAUGCUGAGAAAGCAUGUAAAACAAAGAAGAUCAAAAGAAAGGCAGAGGCAGAAGUAAAUUCCUCAAAGCAAGAGCCUGCAAAUGACACCUCAGCAGUAACAAAAAAGAAAAAGAAAGUGGAAACUAAGCCCAAAGACUACCAGGAAGCUCAAAAAAAUGAGGCACCGGAGGAGGAGCCUAAAAAGCAAAAUUCCUGCCUUAAGAAAAACAAAAAAAAGAAAGCUCUGAAAAACAAGCACAGCAGGAAAAGCAGUCGACCUGAUCAGGAGAAGAUGGAGGAAGAGGAGAUGCCAGACGAGUGUCCUCUUAGAGAAGAAGAUGGGGGUGUGAAGCCUGACGGUCUGAGCGGCGACCAGGUGAAGGAGCAAGAUCCUGCUGGCCCAGCAUCAUCAGGUGAUGGUGGUGGUCACACUCACGAGGGUGAGAGCGUCAGUGCUGAAGGAGGUUCUGCACAAGAGCCUGGACAGCUUUGUCUGGCAGAGCAGGAUGCAAACGCAGACAGUGAGGUGAAGGAUCAAGGCAUGCCUGCUGCAGCAGAGGAGAGCAAAGACGCCGACUGUGAAAAAGAGGAGAGAAAGGUGGAUACGGAGGAGAACGCUUCCUCUGAAGAAUCUCCUCAGGAGGCGUCUUCUGAACACACGUCGGAUGAGCCCAUGGACGCGUUACCAGAUCUGGAGCCUGAGAAGGAGCCAGAGGAAACGUGCGUGGCAGAAACUGUGAGUAACCCUGACCCGAUGGACCUGACUAAGGCACGCCUGCCGGCGACAGAGCCCACGGGAGAUGCCGUGCCAGCACCUGCACCCCCAGAAGGGUGCGUUCAGAGCCCUACGGUAGCGCUGGCCUUACCGUCUCCGGGUAACGCAGCAGGGAAUGAAUCUCAGGAAAUGGAGGAGGAUGAGGGCAUCCACAGCCACGAAGGCAGCGACAUCAGCGACAACAUAUCGGAAGGAAGCGAUGAUUCGGGGUUGAACGGCGCUCACUCUGUGCCAGAGGAAGCCAGCCCGAAGGCAUCAGAGGGAGCUGCAGACAGCACAGUGGUCAGGGAGAACUAUGUGUGCAUUUUCUGUGACCGCUCGUUUAGAAAGGAGGGCGAAUACAGCAAGCACCUCAAUCGCCACUUGGUCAAUGUAUAUUAUCUCGAGAAGGCGACAAAAGGGCAGGAGUAGAAUUAAAUAGUUGUGGUUUUGGGGUAUGUGUAUCUUUUGUAAGAUCUUAUAUAGCUCGUGUACAGAUGCUGUAGAUUUUUUUUUUUUUUUUUUUUUUUUAAGCAUGGGUUGCUUUAGAGUCUGCGUUGGGAUUUAUUUUUCAGUUGAAAAUAUUUUUGACGACUUUUUAUGUAAUGAACUCAUUAACUGUUGGAUCUCCUCGUUAGAGAAGGCAGGUAGGGCGUAUGAGGCCGUGUCCCGUAAAGUCUGUCUGCUUCUAGUCCGUUAGCUUAUGCAGUUAUUUUAUAAAUAGAAUUUUAGGAACAAGACUGUAGCAACUCAUACACAAGUUGGAUGUUUAUAGAGCCGCUGACAGUUGCUUUUUGUUCUAGCAGCCAACUCAUCUCUUUCCCCUCUCCUCUGCCUUUGUUUCAGUUCUUCGUAAUGUCUCUGGACGUUCAAAGUGGUAAAAACUACUCAAUGUUUUUUCUACCAGGGUGAUAGCUUCUAUUACAUAAAAGAGCACUUUGUAAAAACAAAUCAAAGUUGGCUAGCGAUGAACGUGACUGUUGGAGAUAAUUAUAAUUGUGAGUGUACAUUUCAGAUCCCCGAAGUGUGAACAGUGAGCCAAAAUUUGGGGUUAGUCCUUCCAACUUUUGAUUGGAGAACCUGUCUUGAUUAAUGUCUUAUUAACUAUGAUACAUACUUGGCUCCGCUGUGGGGAAGUAAAUUCGUUAUUUUUAAUUUUCUGCUUUUUUUUUUUGUGCUUUAAAGGCUUAAAAUAUUGCACAUUGUUUUUGUUUUUACCUAUGCAGUUUAAUCCUUUAGAAAUAGCGCUUGUGCAGUACGUGUACACUUUAUAUAUGCAUGUUUGGUUUUGUUUGUGUAGCCAUUUUUAUUUCAAAACAUUCAGAUUCGUUGCUUACCAUGGGCCAGUUUUUUUUUUUUGUGAUUCUCUUUACUGCAUAUUUUUCUUGUUUUUGUGGGGUAUUGCUACUUGUGCAUGAAAUUAUGAAUUGUUUGGCUAUAUAUUUUUGACUAGCUUUAAAAUUUUAUAGCUGUUGAGCAAAAGGAUACCAAUGCAGUUUCAAAACACUAUUUUUUUUUUUCCAUAGAAAUGCCACUUCUGGUAUUUUUAAUACGUAUCCAGAAGAAAAAAUUCUAAUUUCUAAUUUGGGAUCACCAGACAGGGCAAUGCGUGCUCUCAGUGGAAAUGUCUGCAAGUUCUGCAAAGUCCAUCUGAUCUGUUUUUUUCCUUUUUAAUUUCCACAAUGGACAGCAGUCAAACUUCAUGAACUUAAAAAAUAAAAUAAAAAUGUAGCACUGAUAUAAGUAUGGUUCAUCAAAAUCUAAUGUCUCACCAAAACCAACCAACCAAACAAAAAAACCCACAAAAAUAACUGGUAAGCAACAAACCUGGUAUUAAAACUUGUAGGAAUUCCUGCUCCUUAUUCAUUCAAGUUGCGUUUAGUAAAACCAUCCUGCUUCCAUGCAGAGGGAGAAACAUGUAAGAUUGUGCUCUUAGGUCUGUGUGCAAGAACCAUCACUGCAGGAGUUUUUAAUUCUAAGCAGAUUUCUCUUCUGGUGCACAGAAACAUGCAAGAGAUUGCAUGCCUGCUGCUUGUAGUAGUAAAAUGUGAACAAAAUCCAAAUAAGCAGGGAAGCACAAAACACUCCCAUCUCAUCUGUGCUGCAGAACACCACCGUUAGCUCCCUUUUCAGCUGGAGCAGUUGGGGGUAGCUUCUUGUCAAAUCCAAAGAAGCAAAUUUGGAGGCAGGUGUUUGGAGAGGAGAGAUCAAUCAGUAUUAGUGUGUUUUAUGACCUAAAAUGUUCUGGACUAUACCCCAUUUUGCUCUGCCUGUCCCUAUAUCAGCUUCUUCUCCAAACAAACCCUCUUGAAUGAAUAGAGAACAACAAUGCUACGUUGCUUCUCCUUUUGGGAGAGAUCGGUAUAAAAGGAGGCCAAAGAUUUGAGAGGGAGGACAUCCCUCGUGGCAGAAAUAAGUUGUAUAGUGAGAUUUUGUUUGCUUAGAUAGCAUUCAAUCCUUACCUUGGCUGUGACAAUCAGUGUCAACUAAAGAUCACGUUGCAACUAUAUUUAUGUUAAACGUUAAGAAAAUAAACCUAGAUGAAUUGUUUUCCUAGACAACCAGUUGUGAUAGUCUUAGAUAUUUUUUUUUCCCCAGUGAUAUAUAAUGUUGCCACCAUUUGUGAGCAAUGUGAACAGAUGCUGGGAAUUCCAGUACUGUGUAGAGAUUUUAUAGCUCCCCUUUGGCAUUUGCCAUCUUCUGAGAGACUUCAAGGACUUCAGCUAUGUUCAGAUAAACUUGUGGACUGGCCUGAUAGUUUUUUUUUUUGUUAAUUUUAAAGGAAAGUAUGGUGUAGACUGACUUGAAAUCUCUCUUUAUGAGAUAAAAAAGUGUGUUUUUUUGAGAUACUCCUCUGGACAUUUCUGGGAAGUGGUCAAGGUUUUAAUGCGUGAUCUACCAAGAACUCUUUGAAGACAACGGUGCUUCUGUUAAGCAGUGUUUUAUCACAAGAUAAUCUUAAUAUUGGAAUAUUAAGAAGAAAAGUCUACUUUAGACCCUUACCAGCAAUGUCCUGAGAUGCCUACUGUUGGGUACGUAGCUGUGUUGGAAUUAUCUGCUUGGUGAAGGCCAAGAUUUGGGAGUAUGUUAAUUAAAGCAGCAAAGAUUUUACUGUGUUGUGUAUCUAAAAUGUUAGAAAUGUCUAAUAAUGAAUAUUUGAUGUGGAGUGUAUGAAUUAGGUAACCUACCACACGUGGGGGUUUUGCAUUGCUGUAUCUCCUUUUUAAACAAUGACUUCUGUCUCUUUCAAUAUUCUUAAAUUAUUCUGUGUCAGUUUGACCAAUACUAGCAAUUUCUUUUUGUCUUGAUGAUGAUAACCUGCACGAGUGUUCAAUUCAUGGCCGCAGGGAGUAGCACCAGGACAGCUCUGCACUGCCGGUCCUUGGCUGAGCAACACAGUGUGUGGGGUUUUUGCCUGUGUGGAUCCUCCGUACACUCAAAGUAACUGCCCUAAGAAACGAUCCAGAAGUGGAUUGCACUCAUAAUCCAAUGUUUUUGGGUUUUGAUGGUCUAGGCUGAAACUUCAUUAAUUGAAAAAAAGAAGGUUUGACAACUGACAGGCCAGUUAAGAUGUGGUAGCGUCAUUAAUUUCAACAGACUUAGAUUCAACAGAUGUAGCUGAAAAGUAUUAACCAAAUUCAAGUUUUCUUGAAUGGCAGUUCUGUAGAUAUGUGGCAUACGUACAAUAUUAACAGAAUCCGAAUAGCUUAUGGAAUUAUUUUAUGUGUACAUAUACUUCCUCCCUCUAAAAUUAUACUAGCUAACAAACGUUUGUAAGCUGGCACGGAAAUGUGUUUGUGAUGUUUGGUUGCACCAUGUUUGAUGCUUUUACAGUGCAAUACUUGUAUUCUCUGAAUUAAACCAAAGGUAAUUUUUUUUCAUGCUCUUUCUACUGUAGUGCAUGACAGCCUUUUCUACGUUUUUACUAGAUGUAAAACAAGCCAGAUCGUACAUCCUGUUUUUACUUAAGACAUGUAUAAGUCUUUUGUCCAAAAUGUAGUGUAAAGUUAAACUAAAUUGCAUUAUAUUAACCCGUACAAGUGUAUUUUCCUAAGCAUAGUUAUGAUUAAAUAAACUUUAUUAAGGAACUUGCA